AACACAAUCAUUCUCUUUCUCGUUGUGAUUAACAAGAACAAAAAAAAAAAAAAAAAAGCUAUAUAAAAAAUUACAGGGGGAAAAAGAAGGAAAGCACCUUAAUUAUCUCUUUCUCAACACAAUCGUUCUCUUUCUCGUUGUGAUCAACCUUAAUUUUCAGAACACCACUCAUGGAAGAAUCUACAGUCUCUGUCAUUACCGAUUCGAUCCUUCUGAAGCUAUGGUAUGCAGCUGUGCAAAUAAGAAAAAAAGAUGUGGAAGGACUUAAAGCCUUUAUUUCACCCAUCAUUGAGGCUUUAACUGAUGAUCCAGCGAAAAAGCAAGUCGAAGAUCUACUGGCAAGCGAUGAGGAUAAGCUGAAAGAACUACUUCAAGGGACCUUUAGUUCAAGAAUGAAAGGCAUACCGGUUGGUGCAGAGAAGAAGAAGAUCAAGAACCAUGAAGUCAAAAGUACAUUGGUUACACUUGAAGAUGCAUUGUAUAAAGCAGACGACUUGAUGGAAGAGGUCUACAAUGAGGCAACCAAACCGGUUCCAAACUCAAAACAACUAGUUUCCUUGGGGGACAAGCUAGGUGGACAAAUGAAAAACAUCAUAAAAGACGUUGCCGCUAGAGGCAAAGCCACUGCUACGACCGAAGAGCCUCAUAAAAUUAUCACUAAGGAGUGGGACCCGCUGGUGGAUAUGCUCAAUUUAGAUAGUUGGUUGGACGAGCAUAAAAAGGUUGUGAAAGAAAAACUUGUGGAGGACAGAUCAACAAAUGGAGAUCAAGAGCAGCAUGUAGCGGUUGUGGCCAUAGUAGGUUAUGGAGGAUUAGGAAAAACCACACUCGCUCUAAACUUGUUCCAAGAGCAGAUGACCAACUUUGAUUUGCCAAUCUGGGUUAAUGUCCCUUAUGAUUUCAACAUGAGAAUGAGAUCACUUGUUGAGGGAAUCAUUGUGUCCAAAGCUAAGAAUAGUCUUCAUGAGAGAAUCCGUACUGAUCCUGAAAAUUGCAAGACUACUACUCAUCAGAAAACCAUUCAUUCUGAAACUUCUGAUGAGAUAAUUAGUUUUAUAGAGAAAAAGAAGCAACACCUCCACAACCUUAAUGAAGAUGAAUUGUAUUAUGAGCUUAGAAAAGCAAUAGAUGGAAAACGCCUGCUUCUUGUACUUGAUGGGGUUUGGGAUAUGCAUUCUGAAAUGUGGCUAGCAUUCAAAAACUUAUUAGCAAAUGUUGUUGGUGAUGGGAGUAGAAUAUUAAUAACUACCCGUAGUAGACUUGUUGGAAAGAUUACUGCGAGUACAGAGAAGGACGUCCAUAUGUUAACCCAUCUAGAUGAACGCAAUUCUUGUGAUCUAUUCCAACGAUUUGCUUUUCCUCCUGGAAAGCCAGUCAAAUCCGAAAUUGUGGAGAUUGCUGUGGGGAUUGUGAAAAGGUGUGGAGGAAACCCUUUUGCCUUAGAGACAGUAGGGAAGAGACUGAAUUCUAUAAAUCUAGAAACCGAAGAUUGGUCCAGUUUCUUCAAUACCGAAUUUCAGAAGGUAGUAAAUGAAAAAAUUUUGCCCUCCCUUAAACUUAGUUAUGAUGUUCUACCUCCACAUUUGAAACAUUGCUUUGCCUACUGUGGUGUGUUCCCUCAACAAUCUGAAAUUGAUGUGAAAAACUUGAUACAUCUUUGGAUCGCACAAGGGUUGAUUUUUCCAUCACGAGGACAACAAAUGGAGGAUGUGGGUUAUGACUAUGUUAAGGAUUUAUGUGAGAGAUAUUCCUUGUUUGAACAAGUGGAAGUAGAUCAUGAGAAUGGCUUUGUAACAAAGUGCAAAAUGCCAAACCUUAUACAUGAACUAGCAGUACUUGUUGGAAGAUCAAGGUUAGCCACAUUAAAGGAAAAGGAUAAGCGUAUCAUUGAUGAAAGAACUCAAAAUGUCUCAUUUCACUUUCAUUUUGAUCGGUCCUGGAAAAUUCCUUCGCUCAUUCACCAAAAAAGGCCCAGGAUUCGAUCAAUUAUUUUGGCUAGCCAGUUGCAAGUGGAAAAUAAGAAGGAGAGACUACGCAAAUCAGCUUGUGAAAAAAUCAUUUCCAAAUGCAAAAAGUUACGCACAUUGGAUCUGCAUAGUACAGGGAUAAAAACUGUGCCAGAGUCCAUUGGAAAGUUGAAGUAUCUGAGAUACCUUGAUCUUUCUCAAAACAAAGCUAUUAAGGUAUUGCCUGAAUCAAUCACCACGAUACCAUCUUUGAUGACACUGAAACUCUCCUCAUGCUAUGGACUCAAAGAACUGCCUGAAGAUAUCGGGAAACUAGUCCAACUCAAACAUCUAGAGAUUGAUUGGUGCUACAGUUUGACUCAUAUGCCUCCUGGACUUGGUCAGCUAACUCAACUCGAGACCUUAUCAGAAUUCGUGUUGAAAAGGAGCACUGGAGAUGGUAAACAAACUCCAACGUUACCAAAAUGUUUGUAUACAAAGGACGUUGAUUUGGAGUCGCUGGAAGAAUUAGCUGAGCUGAACAACUUGAGAGGAGAGCUGAAAAUAAAACAUUUAAGAAACGUUGAUGCUGAGUAUUCUAAGGUUGCAAAUUUGGAACGGAAAGAGCACCUUAAAUCUUUAAUAUUAUCUUGGGAGCUCGAUCUGGAUUCUGAUGGCAUUGACAAAGCAGCAAACAAGUCUCAAGAUACACUAGAAGGUCUAAAGCCGAACUCAAAACUUAAAGAAUUGGCUUUAUUCGGCUACAGGGGUGACAAGCUUUCAGAUUGGCUUCUCUCGCUCACAAAUUUGGUCAAAUUUUCAUUACAAAAAUGCAAAUGCAAAAAUCUACAACCGCUUACUCAGCUUACAACUCUCAAGGUAUUGAUACUGGACAACAUGCCUAGCUUGAAGUAUAUCUCCAACAAGUCUGAUUAUCACAAUUCUGAAAUCACCCCCUCAGCAUCAACUGAAUUCAUUAAAAAACUGGAAGAGGUAAGGCUUACAGAAUUGCCUGAUCUAGAGGGAUGGUGGGAAGAAAGUGAUGCUUCAUUGGCAUUUCCUCGUCUUUCCAAAUUGAUUAUCGAAGAUUGCCCCAAGUUGCAUUCCAUGCCACUCUACCCAAAUUUAAAAGAAUGGUUAGUGUUGAAGAACACUAGCUUGGUGACAUUCAUAAAUACAAUGAAAGACAAAAGCUUUGUCAAACAGACAAUGUAUGAUGAAAGCUCCUCCAAACAGACAGUGAAUGAUAAAAACUACCAUCCCUUUCCUCUGUCCAAUUUGCAAAGUCUGUGCAUUAUUGGGAAUAUGGAUGGUCGCUCUAAAGAAGAGAUUAGGUGGGGAAGUCUCAAAAGCCUCCGGUUUCUAAGACUCGAUAAUGUUCAUAAACUAAAGGCGCUGCCUGAGGGGCUUCAGCAUGUUACCACCCUUAAAGAGCUCGAGAUCUGGCAUUGUACCAUAAUGAAUCUUCAACGAUGGAUCGGGAAAUUCAAACAACUUCAAAGACUUGGAGUUUUUUCAUGUCCUAAAUUGAAAUCUCUGCCCGCAGAAAUAAAAGACCUCCCAGAUUUGGAGACACUGGAGAUAGUGGAUUGUCCAGUCUUAUUGCAAAGAUGCCAAAAAGAUAUUGGUGCAGAUUGGAAGAAGAUUAAACGCAUUGAAAAUAUUCUACUCCAGCAGCAAUCUCAAGAUCAUAUAAAAAAGAUAUGCGAAGAUGAUGCCCUAAAGACUAGAGAUUUAUAUGAAUAUUAUUGGGAUCCUAAACAUGGAAAGAAGUCAAAUAGCAUAAAGAGAACUGUUCUUAUUUAGAUGAAGUGAAAAUCAAGAAAGGAUAAAAGUCAAAGCCUUGAUGACGAGGACAAAUUACAUGGUAAUCAUAUACUAAUUAGUUGAUUUGCUAUAUUUUUUCUUCAUUUUCUAUGCAAAACUGUAGCUUAUCUAUUUCACAUUCUCUUUCUUUGCUAGCUGUCCCUGUAUGAGUCUCAAUAAUGUUCAACUUUCAACCAUUCUGAAAUAAAGCAAUCAGUAAACAAACAAACAAAUAACCAAAUAUAAAAUUCAUCUGCAGACAUCCACAAGUUAUUAACUUGUGGAGUCACACACAUCCACAUGUGGAGAGGCAUAUAUUUUUGAAUUUAAUGCCUCUCCGUAUAUAGAUACGUGGGUCCACACUUGAAGGGGACAGUAUAUAGAUAUAUAUAUAUAUAUAUAUAUAUAUGUAUGUAUGUAUAUCCAAUUCCUUAAUGAAAUUAGGCUUUCAUUAAAAUUUAUUUCUAAUUAAUUAGCUCUGCUCUAUAGUGAGCAUGAUCUAUUGGUUGUCUGUACUUUCACUGUGAAUAUUAAAAUAAAUCAAGUUGAUUCUGUAAGUAUCAUAAAUUUUUUUUUUUUUUUGGGGGACAAACUAUAAGUAUCAUAAUCUGCUAGUUAAAAAUAUUGAACAAGUUUGAAUUUAGUAAGCUUAUAAUUGUAUUUUUGUCAAGGCGACCAAAUAAAGUUGCAAUAAUGCAUCUAUAAAAGUGUAGAGAUUGGAGAAGUAUGGGAACAUGGUUUAUGGUUAUAAGGUCUUGAUGCCAUCAAUAAGGUUAGAAGCACAGACUGGCUUUAUUAAACAUAAAUAUGUCAUAUAUAGCUACAUGUCUAUGCCUCAUAAAUAAAAACUAAAGAUUUUGUGACCAUUUGAAUUUGCAGCACUAGCUACCUCUACAAAUGGGGUGUACGUUUUCAACCAACUUGAACAACUAUUGUAGUGCAUACACCAAAUGACUAGGUUAUUUUGCAAUCUGUGUUGAGAAUAAUGCAAGAUUUAUUUUGUUUAAUUCUAAUACUUAGAAGUAAAACCGAUUAACUAAGUUGUCAGAAUACCAAGGAUAUGAUUCUUCAUUAGAAAGAAAGGCCAUUUUGCUUGUGCUAUUGGAGAAGUUGAUUCUAGCUAGAUUUACAGCUAAACCAACUUACUUUGGUAAAAAUCUCUUCUGAUCAUUCAUUUAUUCCUGGUAUAUAAGCUUUGAGUAAGUUCCUUAUAUAUAACCUAUACAAGUAACUUUGAAAAACUUUCACUGUUCUGUGAUGCCACAAAUUGAUUUUCUGUCACUUUAUUUUCUAUAAGUUGUGCAAAAUGCUUACACUUCCACAUAAAAAAUAGUUUUUAGCCAAAUUUGUGGAAUUUUGGCAUCUGCAUCCGCUCUAAUCUUCUGCUAAUUAAAUUGUUUGUUUA